AGUGUUGUCUCUAGUUAAAUAUAGACUCUUGGCAGAGUAACGCUUCAAGAGGGAAAACCAGUAAGAGUAUAAUUACUUUAAAGUCCAGUCUUUUAACACUGAGAACAUUCAUUGUAACUGCCAGAGGAAUUUUACAGCUGAUGCAGCAUGGCGACUAAACUAAUGCAUACCAAAUGGAAGUAAUCGGCAUACAAACAUGAUACGAAACAACUGGAAGGACAACAUGACCCAAUGAGAGUGCACAAUGUGAGUGUGAGGAGAUAUUUGCGGUUCCGUAUCAUCAUGACGGGGGUCACGGUGUGCUGCGGGACGGUGAACUCCAUCAAGGCUCUGUGGGGAAACCAGAUAAAGAAAAAAGAUGACCUGAAGAAAGAGAAGGAGCAAAAAGACAGAAGAGCAGUGGGUAGGUUGACAGGUGCCUGGGAGGAUCGAAUCAUUCUGGCCAAGCUAAAGGCAAAAGUUGUGAGAGAAGGACGUGUUAUCCUGCGGAUUGAAAAAGAGGAGGUGGAAGGUAAACUCUUUCCUCCAGCUCUGGUCCAACUCUCCCAGAUUCAAGAAUGGCAGUUACACCGAAUUGGACUUCAAAGAAUCCCCCGGUUUAUCUCAAGCUUUCAGAGCCUAAUAGUCUUGGACUUGUCUCGUAAUUCAGUCACAGAGAUUCCCAAAGAGAUCGGUAAACUAACUCGGUUAAGAGAACUGUUGUUGAGCUAUAACAGAGUGAGCUACGUACCUGAAGAGCUUGGUUGUUGUGAAAAUCUGGAGAAACUGGAACUUGCAAUGAAUCGAGAUCUGGAAGAGUUGCCUACUCAGCUUAGCAAUCUAAAGAAGCUGUCUCACUUGGACCUCUCCAUGAACCAGUUCACCACCAUUCCAGAUUGUGUGGUCAACCUUCCUUCUCUAGAGUGGCUUGACAUGGGCAGCAACAUACUGGAGACUUUGCCAGAUGAUAUUCACAGAAUGGAGAAACUUCACACACUGUGGCUCCCAAGAAAUGAACUUGAGUACCUACCCGACAAUAUCAGUCGCAUGAAAAGUCUGGACACGCUAGUUUUGAGCAAAAAUAAACUACGAGACAUUCCUCCGCUUAUGGAGGGCAUGAGCAACCUCAGGUUUGUAAACUUUCGAGAUAACCCUUUGACGUAUGAUGUGACGCUGCCUGAUUUAAAUGAGGAUGUAGAUGAGGAAGUGAACGACAGGGAGAUGUUUGGUCGUGAGUUCAUGACCUUCUACAUUCAGGAGGCCCGGAAAAGAGGUUAUGCCAUACUCAAUAUGUACUGUGUGCAAAGCUGCUAGCAGAUUUUUUUUAUUAAAUCGUUGCAUAAAUAAAAUGUUGCUGAAAUUAAAGUCUUAAGAGACUCUUAAUGACCAUCUUUUGUGUUAUAUGCCCAUUGCAGGAUCCCAAAUUUCACUUCAGUGCUAAAUGUGAUGCUGGAUGGUGUGUGUCAGAAAUGGCAUAGUCUUUGUGACUUGCAUGUUGGCUUCUGUCCGCUUUCCGGGCUGAUCUUCCAGUCCAUCGUGUCAAGUUUCGUCAAGUCCUGUGCUCUUUGUAUUGAUUGUUUUGUUGAGUAUGUCAUUUGAUGGAAUUGCUUCUUCUUGCUAGUAUAACUGAUGUUUGUGAAUAUGCUAAAAUCAAAAUAAAACCAAAUAUAAAAAUCCAUAAACAUUGAACAAAUAAAAAGAA